UCGAAAAAAGGGCCCACGAGGUUAGAUGUGUUGGUAGCGUAUGAAUCCGACGGAGAGAGAGAGAGAGAGAGAGAGAAAAGGGGGCUGCGAAUUUAAGGAGGAAGGAAGGAAGAUAAAUGGAUCCGAACGCAGUAGCGAAAGCAUUUGUCGAGCACUACUAUUCGACGUUCGAUACGAAUCGAGGAGGACUCGCAAACUUGUACCAGGAUGGCUCAAUGUUGACCUUCGAGGGUCAGCAAUUCCAGGGUGCUCAGAACAUCGCCGCCAAGCUCGCCAGCCUCCCCUUCCACCAGUGCCAGCACGGCAUCACCACCGUCGAUUGCCAGCCUUCCGGCCCCGCCGGCGGCAUGCUCGUCUUCGUCAGCGGCAAUCUCCAGCUGGCCGGCGAACAACAUGCCCUCAAAUUCAGUCAGGUUAAUGUGUAAGUAAGGCAUUGCUUAUUCACCAGCUCAAGGAUGAUUUUGAUUGUGCUGUUGCACAAUAAGCAGCAGGUUUUUGUUGUGCUGGAGAUAAUGUCUGGAAAAGCUUUUACAUUUGCAUAGAUCAUACACUUGUGGUGCUGACUUGCCUAGAAUUGUUACACUAAAUUUUGAGGCUUUUAUAGUAUUAGUGGGAAUGGUACAAUGAGGUGGAUGUGUAAUAUGUAUGUAUGUGUUUGUGAUCCAUUUAAUGAUUCUACGAAUGGCAAUUUAAUGAGAAUAUACUUUGUAUUCUUUGAAGUAUUCAAGCGAAGGGCCUUUAACCAAAAUUGAGCUUUGUGCUUGAUUUUGCAUGGACUUUGGAAGUUGUAUACAAAACUUUAGAAUGAGGUUGUUACUAAGCUAGUGGCCUGAAUCUUGAUUAUUUUUUAGUGUCCAAUAUACUAUAUGAGGCUUUUGUUAGAUUAUUUUUGUCUACAAUUAGCU